AAAAAAGUCAAAUAAUAAAAUAGAAAAUGGUUGUUCCUGUGGUACUCAUCUCUGCAAUUUUUUUUAUAUCCGCCACCGUUGGAUCGGAAGAAUCUUGUUAUCUUACGGAGGAGCAGGAGGACGAGUGUGCCUCUAUUUGUUACCCAAUUGUCAAGCCUUUAUUGAGAUACUUUGAAAAAUGCCAGGGCAAGGAAGCCCUGAUAUCAGAGUUUCAAAAGGAUUUUUCGGCCUUGCAGAAGAAGUAUUCGGAUUUGCAGGAAAAUCAUUCGGAGUUGCAAAGCAAAUAUGAGAGAUUGCAGUCAAAAAUCAUUGAUCAAAAAGAUGUGCAAAUCGAUCUUUUAAUAAACAAUAUAAGUGACCUAAAAGGAAAAAGUGAGCUAUCAAAUUUAACAAAUCGACUUCGCGAAGAAAUUGAAAAGAUGCUGAAAGUGACACAAACUGAAGAUGCGAUUAAAAAUAAUCAGCAGAAUUUGAAAACACAAACGAAAGGUAUGAUCGCAGAACAAAAUAAUUUGGAAAAUAAAACACCGCAAUUCCCUGUGCCUUUAGAUAUUUGUUCAUUAGCUGGCAUCCAUGAAAUCCGAAUCCCAGACUCAAAUCCUUUUAGAGUGAUUUGUUACCCAAAUGCAUGGUGGGAAGAGGGAUAUCGAUGGACUAUGGUUUAUUCCAAAAAAGGUGAUUCAAAUAAAUUUAACCGAAACUAUGAGGAAUAUGUAAGUGGAUUUGAAAAUCCCGACACAAGCGUUUUUGAAUUCUUUAUUGGACUCGACCGAUUGCACCAUCUGACGAAUGAAAUGAGACUUUCCAAGUUGACUUUGUUCUUUAAUAGAGGAAGGGCAGUAUGCGACAACUUUGUUGUGGGCAAUAGAAGUGAAGGAUAUAUGGUGAAAAAUAUUGGCAAGUGUAUUGGAGACCGACAUCUGGGCCUCCGACUGGGCACAAAAUUUACCACUUUUGAUCGAGAUGAGGAUGGAGUUCCUGAUCACAAUUUGGCAAAGGAAAAUGGCUAUGGCUGGUGGUUCAAUGAGAGCCCUAAUUCCGUUCCCACUAGGAGUGAGUUAAUACAAAUCGCAAUCCGAAGCGAUGAUUAA